AGCAGCAACGUCAAGGCGGUGGCCAAAGCUGCGCAGAAAAACUGAAACGGAUCCCAUCUGCCCUUUGGUAUAUUGAAUUGCUAGUUACUAACCAAAACAGUCGACAGCUAACCGAAGCUGUGAAAAGAGAGAGAGAGAGAUUCAGACGGGGUGAAACAGAAAGAGACUGUUUGGCUACCAGGAUUUUCCAAUUUCCCCCCAGCCAGCAUUGUUAUUCUUUUCUAGUGCAUUCAAUAUUUUUUCUCUGUCUGUACGUUAUUCAAUCUUUUCUUCAGGAAAUCCGCGGACCGAACAGAGGAUAACUGAAUUGUUGUAGUAAGCCGGAAUUCGCACUCUUAAGAUUUGGAUUAGAUCGCAUGUCGGCUUUGGAAUAGCGUUUGAGGGAGUUAGUAUUGGUAAAGAGAAGAGAUGGAACGGUUUCUGUCGGCGGUGAUGGAAGCUCCGGCGGCAGCGGGAGGAGAGUCUUUACUAGGAAGCAUAAAGAUAGCAGUUUUGCCAAUAGCAAAAGUAUUCACCAUGUGUUUCCUGGGCUUUCUAAUGGCUUCCAAGUAUGUUAAUAUCUUACCUGCAAACGGCAGGAAGCUUUUAAAUGGGUUAGUGUUUUCGCUUUUGCUUCCGUGUUUAAUAUUUUCUCAACUUGGACAAGCUGUUACUCUACAGAAAAUGCUGGAGUGGUGGUUCAUUCCUAUGAAUGUUGUUCUAGGCGCCAUCUCUGGCUCACUAAUAGGUUUUGUUAUUGUAACCUUAGUCAAACCUCCAUACCCAUACUUCAAGUUCUCAAUCAUACAAAUUGGAAUUGGAAACAUUGGGAAUGUACCACUUGUUCUGAUUGCAGCUUUAUGUAGAGAUACAUCCAAUCCUUUUGGUGACACUGAAACAUGUAGCACUCAGGGAACUGCAUAUAUUUCAUUUGGACAGUGGGUUGGUGCAAUCAUUUUAUACACAUAUGUAUUUCAUAUGUUUGCCCCUCCCGCGGAAGGUACCUUUGACCUUGAGGAUGUAAAUCUCCCCCUUAAGAACCCUCCGAAGGAUGCCUCUCCUGAGCAGGUUCCGUUGCUGAUGCAAGAGGCUGCUGUAACGGAUUCAGAUAAUUCAGGGAAAGGAAAGAUUAAAAAGUUUCUAGUUUUUGUUUAUGAGAAGUUAAAGAUCAAGCAAAUCCUUCAACCCCCUAUUAUCGCAUCAAUCCUAGCCAUGGUUCUUGGUGCAGUGCCGGUUCUAAAGAGAUUAAUAUUUACAACUGAUGCUCCACUUUAUUUCUUCACUGACAGCUGCAUUAUUCUUGGGGAAGCCAUGAUUCCAUGCAUUUUGUUAGCAUUAGGAGGCAACCUUGUUGAUGGACCAGGGCCAGGAAGUUCAAGAAUUGGUCUACGAACACUUGUUGCUAUUAUUAUUGGGCGUUUAUGCUUGGUGCCUCCUGCAGGACUUGGAAUUGUAACACUGGCUGAUAAGCUUGGUUUCCUUCCUGCUAAUGAUAAGAUGUUCCGAUUUGUCCUACUCCUUCAGCAUACAAUGCCAACAUCUGUCCUUUCUGGUGCUGUUGCUAAUUUAAGAGGUUGUGGAAAGGAGGCAGCGGCUGUGCUGUUCUGGGUUCAUAUUUUUGCAGUUUUCUCCAUGGCAGGAUGGAUUAUUCUCUAUCUGAACAUACUCUUCUAAACUUUGCCUAGCCAAUCACACUGCAUUUAGAAGCAGAACCAGCAGUUCCUUUCCGUAUUUAUUUCCAAGCUGGUCAGUGUUAAUAGCCUAUGUAGAGUAGUUGGAAUCCUCAAAUUCUUUGGAAGGCAAUUGCAACCGCUUAUGCCAGCCCUGCCAAGUCGCAAAGAAGCAUGCCUGUGCUUACAGGAGCUGUGGCGAGGUGUUUCUCAAUUUUUCCACUCGGUAUCAUUUGUUUGUUAAUAUCAGCGGCUUGUUAUAUGUUCAUACCCUGUUACCAUCUUAAAUGGGGAUGGACUUGAAUUCAGUAUGUUAUAAUAUUAAGCUAUUUAAGAGUAAUCUUUGUGAAUCCCUAGGCUUCCAGAGGCUGUGGUAGCUGAUGAAAUUUCACGAAGUGUAGAAAUUUGAAAUUGGAAUUCCAUCAUUUUAUGUGCUUUUAAGUCA